UGAACUCUUAUGAAACAAACUAGUGCAGCGGCUGGAAAAUAGGUACAGAGAGAUAGGGAUUCACGGGCGACACGCAUCCACAACACUUCCCCGCACAUCGAAACGUAGGGAAGAAAUGCUCCUUUCUUUGGGCUUGACAUAAAUAUCAUCGCUGGGGAACCAGUACGAGAAUAAGAUGGCCCCAAAUUCCAUCCACUGGUUCCGCAAGGGCCUCCGUCUCCAUGACAACCCGGCACUACAAGAGGCGGUCAAAGGGGCGGGCACGGUGCGCUGCGUUUACUUCCUGGACCCGUGGUUCGCAGGAUCCUCCAACGUCGGGGUCAACAGGUGGAGGUUUCUCCUCCAGUGUUUGGAGGACCUGGACGCCAGCCUACGGAAGCUCAACUCCCGUCUUUUUGUCAUCAGAGGCCAACCGGCCAACGUGUUCCCGCGGCUAUUUAAGGAGUGGAAGAUCUCGCGGCUGACCUUUGAGUACGACUCCGAGCCGUUCGGGAAGGAGAGAGACGCCGCCAUCAAGAAGCUGGCCAUGGAGGCCGGGGUGGAGGUCAACGUCAAGAUAUCGCACACCCUCUACGACCUGGACAAGAUCAUCGAGCUGAAUGGCGGGCAGCCUCCUCUCACCUACAAGCGUUUCCAGACCCUGAUCAGUCGCCUCGAUCCUCCUGAGAUGCCCGUGGAGACGCUGUCGGAAUCCCUGAUGGGGCGCUGCGUCACUCCCGUCUCCGAUGACCACGGGGACAAGUACGGGGUCCCGUCCCUGGAGGAGCUGGGCUUUGACAUUGAGGGUCUGCCUACAGCUGUGUGGCCGGGAGGAGAAACCGAGGCUCUGACGAGGAUAGAGCGCCAUCUGGAGAGAAAGGCUUGGGUGGCCAAUUUCGAGCGCCCCAGGAUGAACGCCAACUCGCUGCUGGCCAGCCCGACAGGCCUCAGCCCCUACCUGCGCUUCGGCUGCCUCUCCUGUCGCCUCUUCUACUUCAAGCUCACCGAUCUGUACCGAAAGGUGAAAAAGAACAGCUCCCCUCCGCUCUCUCUCUACGGCCAGCUGCUGUGGCGGGAGUUCUUCUACACGGCGGCGACCAACAACCCGCGCUUCGACAAGAUGGAGGGCAACCCCAUCUGCGUCCGCAUCCCCUGGGACAAGAACCCCGAGGCGCUCGCCAAGUGGGCCGAAGCCAAGACGGGCUUCCCCUGGAUAGACGCCAUCAUGACCCAGCUGAGGCAGGAGGGCUGGAUCCACCACCUGGCCCGGCACGCCGUGGCCUGCUUCCUCACCAGGGGGGACCUGUGGAUCAGCUGGGAGGAAGGGAUGAAGGUCUUCGAGGAGCUGCUUCUAGACGCCGACUGGAGCGUGAACGCCGGCAGCUGGAUGUGGCUGUCCUGCAGUUCAUUCUUCCAGCAGUUUUUCCACUGCUACUGCCCCGUGGGCUUCGGCCGGCGCACCGACCCCAAUGGGGACUUCAUUAGACGAUAUUUACCUAUCCUCCGAGGUUUCCCCGCUAAGUACAUCUACGACCCGUGGAACGCCCCGGAGUCGGUGCAGGCGGCCGCCAAGUGCAUCAUCGGUGUCCACUACCCGAAGCCCAUGGUGCAUCACGCCGAGGCGAGCCGGCUCAACAUCGAGAGGAUGAAGCAGAUCUACCAGCAACUUAGCCGAUACAGAGGACUGGGCCUGCUGGCUUCUGUGCCUUCCACCAAUGGGAACGGGAAUGGAGGAAUGAUGGCCUACUCUCCAGGAGAGCAGCAGCCAGGGACCAACAACAACAACAACAACAACAGCUCACAUUUGCCUGGAGGGUCGUCGGGGAACUCAGUUGCUACAGCUAACGGCAGCGGGAGCAUCCUACUCAACUUUGAUAAUGAAGAACAUACCGGACCCAGCAGCGCUGCACAACAGCAACGACUACAAGCACUCCCACAACAACAACAACAACAACAACAACAACAACAACAACACCAACAACAACACCAACAGCAGCAGCAGCAUCAACAGCAUGGAUACCACUCAGUGCCAGACGCCAGCCAGACCGUCACCAACAGCCGACUCUACCACGAGUUUGCUGUGCCUCAACACCCGGGCCUCCUCUUGCACACCAGAAGCGGCAUCACAGGAAAGAGGGAGCGCGAGUCGGAACGCGAAGGCUCGGGGGAGAAAGACCACACAACAUCGUGCUCCGUGCACAAGAUGCGGCGGCAGAGUGCGGAGACUACUUAAGAGUGGGCGUCUGCGAGACCACCUUCAAUCCACGUUGGAGUCACCACCCAGCCAGCCGCCAACGAGCGAAAAAGAGAGAGAGAGGAAAUCCCACCAUCGCCCCACCUGUCCUCCAAUCACACGCCACAGCUCCCUCAAGGAACCGCCUCCUCUUCAAACGCUGAACAUUUUUAAACUCUGAACUCUGUUUUUCAUCGUCAGAAACUCCCCAGGGUGAAAACACAAAGGUGAAAAUGUGUUUCUGGCAACACUAUUUUGUAGAGGGGGGGUUAACCAACGACCUCUGACCUCUGACCUCUGACCUCUUACAGUCGAACAAAAGAAACGCCUCAAACUUACAGCUCGGCACAUGUUUUGUAAAAUAUGAAUAAAUAUUUUAAAAAAGGA